GGGGCUAACGGGCCGGUGCGGGGCUAUGGCUGCACCCGUCGCCUUGUUAGACGACGACAGGCCGAUUUCGGGUGUUUCCAGCUCGGUGUCCGGACGGACUGCGCCGCAACCGCAGAAAAGCCGCGUGGCCGCCGCCGCGACUGAAGCGGCCCCGCGGCUCCCCUCCGGGGAUGGCGAUGGGAUCGAGCUACCGGACAGCGGGUUCUCCUCGUGGGAAAGCCGCGCCUUCAGGUCCUCGGUGGACCGGGGGAAGGAUUUUGAAGAGAAGUUAACCGUGUGCUUCCCGAGCGUUACCGCCGACACGGAGAGCCUCGCUCGCGGUGGAGCGAUGAGCGCGGACUCGCUGCCGGAGGAAGACGAACUCUGGAAGGUUCUGACCAGUAGCUAUGGACACGUGAUGCCGGUGGAUUGGAAACUAACGUCCUCUCUCCACGUCCCCACAUUCCACCUGGAGGAGAACCCUACCGAUGUCGCGGCGGAGGUGUCGGACGAGGAGGAGCUGAGGGAGCAUCUGGACACGCACUCCAUCAUCGUCUCCAGCCUCUCAGAGGAGCCCUUCUUCACGGUAGAGCAGGUGAUCGAGGAGAUAGAGGAGAUGAUGGAGGACUCUCCUGACACGGACGCCAGGCCCGAUCUCUCCCAGUCGGACCGGUCAACGCUCUUGCUGGAUGUCCAGCGGUCCACCGGGAGCCCCGGCUACGAAUCCAGGGUGAGGACCCUCAGCGUCGCAGAGCUGAAUGAACGUCUUGAGGACAGUGAGACGAACAUCAUGAUGUUCUCGGAGGAGCUGGUGCAGCAGCUGGCUCUCAGGGACGAGCUGGGCUUCGAGAAAGAGGUGAAGAACAGCUUCAUCUCCGCGCUCAUCGAUGUCCAAAACCGACAGAAGGAGCAGCGGGAGCUGCUGAAGAAGAAGAAGAAGCUUAAAGUCGGAGCUGGGACGUCGCAGAGCUUCGCCGAGAAAACGCCGGGAUCCCGCUUCAGCAUGGAGGGAAUCUCUUCGGUCAUUCAGAACAGCUUCCGGCAUACUUUCGGAAGCGCGUGCAGGGACAGACAGUAUUUGACCACAGUCAUCCCCUAUGAGAAAAAGGGACACCCUCCGUCGCUUAAGGACCUCCAGACCCUGACCACCAUCCUCCAAGCUAUGAGAGACGACAGUGACAAGGUGCCCAGUCUCUUAACCGACUACAUUCUCAAAGUGCUCUGCCCGACGUAGACCAGAGGGACGAUGCUCAACGCUCUGCUGCCGCUCCAGAUAGUUACCAUGCCAACAAGAUGAUGAGGAAACAUUGUAUUUUUAUAGACAUUCUUAAUUUAUUCAGCUAUUUUUACAGCAAAGUUAGUUUUUUGUGUUAUUUUCCUAACUUAACUCUAUUUAUAUUUGUGCAUUGUGAUUUUGCAAACCUUGUGUGUUCCUGUGAAUUUUGAGACCCUUUUUCACUAUUUUCAAUUUUCUUGCACUGUGAAAAAGAACCUUAACCUGUUAAAGCGAAAAAUACCAAGAUUGUAUAUCCCGACAUAGAAACUCAGCUCUGCUUCUUUGUAAAAAGAUCCGAGCAACAAUGCAAAGGGCUUUGUAUUUAUCUGUAGCUCUCCACUGAGCAAAGAACACACGGGGAAUUGUAUUGAUCCCAAGGAAACUAAUAAGUAUAACAACAGCUCAUGAGGCAAGUCAGAGGGAAGGAAGGAAGAUGAUGCAUAGAAUAUAAUGUAGUAAUAUCAAAUAAAUGAGCUACCUGAACAAGUUUGCAUAAUGUAAAACCGUCGUAUUCUAUGGAAGGAAACGUUUCGGUGGUUUAGGUGAAGUAGUUUGGACUAAAAUGGUUUAGCUCGCUAACUAUGCAUUUGAGUGAAUACUGAAUUGUGUCACGUGCACUGUUUGUACUUUCGUGAUGCUGUUGGGUCUCUGAAUCAGAGACCGGAGCGUCGCCGUGCCUGCUGCACAUACUCUAUGUAUCUUUGUAUAUGUACAAACUGCCUUCACUGAAUUUUUGUACAUUAUAUAUGACUUUUUUUCAAUGAAUGUCAAAUUGCUGAACGACUUGCAGAAUCUGCAUCAUUGUUUAUUUUUUUGGAAAUAUUUACUUUCAAAUAUAUUGAUAGAAAUCAGA